UGGCUGCCCUACCUUGCUGGCUGAGGGCGGAGCGGCCCUGAGGAGGAGGCGGUGGAGCCGGUGGCCGCUUGGUUGCGCGGUACUAGCGGUGCCCGUCGGAGGGGGAGGAGGCGGAGGAGCGAGCCGUGCGGCCAGAGCGGGAAAAAGACUCGUCUUCGCGUCCGAGUUCGGAAGCCGCCGCGCCCCGGCUCCUGGGGCUGCCGCCGGGGGCUGCGAGGGGCCAGGCGUCCGCUGUGCCCCGCGUUUCCCCCUCGGAACGACCCGCGGGAUCCGAGAGAAGGGAGAAGAUGGAGGAGAAGGGCGGCAGCGGCGACGGCGCCGCGGGGACCAGCGGGGACGGCGGCGACGGGGGAGAGCAGCUCCUCACGGUGAAGCACGAGCUGCGGACCGCCAAUUUAACAGGACAUGCAGAGAAGGUGGGCAUUGAAAAUUUUGAGCUCCUGAAGGUCCUGGGAACUGGAGCCUAUGGGAAAGUGUUUCUAGUUCGUAAAAUAAGUGGUCACGAUGCUGGAAAACUGUACGCCAUGAAAGUUCUGAAAAAGGCAACCAUCGUGCAAAAGGCCAAAACCACAGAGCACACGAGGACGGAGCGGCAAGUCCUAGAGCAUAUUAGGCAGUCGCCAUUCUUGGUGACGUUGCACUAUGCUUUCCAGACAGAGACCAAGCUUCAUCUCAUUUUAGAUUAUAUAAAUGGUGGAGAACUUUUUACUCAUCUUUCUCAAAGAGAGCGUUUCACAGAGCACGAGGUACAGAUCUGUGUGGGAGAGAUUGUGCUUGCCCUCGAGCACCUCCACAAGUUGGGGAUUAUAUACCGUGACAUUAAGCUUGAGAAUAUUCUACUUGAUUCUAAUGGCCAUGUGGUGCUGACAGAUUUUGGUCUGAGUAAGGAGUUUGUGGCUGAUGAAACGGAAAGAGCGUAUUCCUUUUGUGGAACUAUUGAGUACAUGGCACCAGAUAUCGUCAGAGGGGGAGAUUCUGGACAUGACAAGGCAGUUGACUGGUGGAGUUUAGGUGUUCUGAUGUAUGAGUUACUAACGGGAGCAUCUCCUUUCACUGUGGAUGGAGAAAAAAAUUCCCAAGCUGAAAUAUCUAGGAGAAUAUUAAAAAGUGAGCCUCCAUACCCCCAGGAAAUGAGUGCAGUAGCGAAAGACCUCAUUCAACGUCUUCUGAUGAAAGAUCCCAAGAAGAGACUGGGAUGUGGCCCACGUGAUGCAGAUGAAAUCAAAGAACAUCUCUUCUUCCAGAAAAUCAACUGGGAAGAUUUAGCUGCCAAAAAAGUGCCCGCACCGUUUAAGCCCGUCAUUCGUGAUGAGCUGGAUGUGAGCAACUUUGCAGAAGAGUUCACAGAAAUGGAGCCCACCUACUCCCCUGCAGCCCUUCCCCAGAGCUGUGAGAGGCUGUUCCAGGGCUACUCUUUUGUUGCUCCCUCCAUCCUCUUCAAGCGGAACGCAGCUCUUGUGGACCCUCUGCAGCUCCACCUGGGAGUCGAGCGCCCUGGAGCGACCGGCGUGGCCAGGAGUGCCAUGAUGAAGGACUCUCCAUUCUAUCAACACUAUGACCUCGAUAUGAAAGACAAACCUCUGGGAGAAGGAAGCUUUUCCAUUUGUCGAAAGUGUGUGCACAAAAAAAGUAACCAAGAGUUUGCCGUCAAAAUAAUCAGCAAAAGGAUGGAGGCCAAUACUCAGAAAGAAAUAACAGCUCUGAAACUCUGCGAAGGACAUCCCAACAUUGUGAAGCUGCAUGAAGUUUUUCACGAUCAGCUUCACACAUUCCUAGUGAUGGAACUGUUGAACGGGGGAGAACUGUUUGAACGCAUUAAGAAGAAGAAGCACUUCAGCGAAACCGAAGCCAGCUACAUCAUGCGGAAGCUGGUUUCCGCCGUCAGCCACAUGCAUGACGUGGGGGUGGUGCACCGGGACCUGAAGCCGGAGAAUUUGUUGUUCACUGAUGAGAACGACAACUUGGAAAUCAAAGUGAUCGAUUUCGGGUUUGCCCGCCUGAAGCCGCCUGACAAUCAGCCCCUGAAGACCCCUUGCUUCACCCUGCACUACGCCGCCCCGGAGCUGCUCAGCCACACCGGCUACGACGAGUCCUGCGACCUGUGGAGCCUGGGCGUCAUCUUGUAUACGAUGUUGUCUGGGCAAGUCCCAUUCCAGUCCCAUGACCGGAGUUUGACAUGUACCAGUGCAGUGGAAAUUAUGAAGAAAAUCAAAAAGGGAGAUUUCUCCUUUGAAGGAGAAGCCUGGAAGAAUGUGUCACAAGAGGCUAAGGAUUUGAUCCAAGGACUUCUUACCGUGGAUCCCAAUAAAAGGCUCAAGAUGUCUGGCUUGAGGUACAACGAAUGGCUUCAAGAUGGCAGUCAGCUGUCCUCCAAUCCCCUGAUGACGCCCGACAUCCUGGGAUCUUCGGGAGCUGCUGUGCAUACGUGUGUGAAAGCAACCUUCCAUGCCUUCAACAAGUACAAGCGGGAGGGCUUCUGCCUUCAGAACGUGGACAAGGCCCCGCUGGCCAAGCGGAGGAAGAUGAAGCAGACCAGCACGAGCACCGAGACGCGCAGCAGCUCCAGCGAGAGCUCGCACUCCUCCCACUCGCACGGCAAGACCACGCCCACCAAGAGCCUGCCGCCGGGACAGGGGGGCGACGGGCCCGCGGAGACCCUCUUCCAGUUCUCGGACUGAGGCCCGGGCAGGCACGCUGCAGCCACCUCCGAGUGGGUGUCCCCGGGAGGACUGGCGGGUGGGCCCGUCGCAGGUAGGGGACCGCGAAACGGGACUGGAGGGCCUGGCGC